AUGCAUAAAUCAGGUGCCAAGAAAGGACUCAAGGAGUAAGCUAAAUCAGGGGAUCUGAAUAAGGAGCUUUUUCACGAGAGAAGAGCAAUUUUCGUGCCUCUAGGUAGAGCAUUCAAUCAUAAAAGAGCUGCUGAGUCAGAACGUAAAUUCAAGAAUCAUGGAGGCACUGUGGUCUAACUUAACACCUGUAAAUUUAUUAUAAUUUUCAUCUUAAAUUUAGUAAAAGAAGAUAAUUUUAGAGAUUUACUCAAGAAAAUAGAUUAUUUCCUAACUGCAAAAACUUAAAAUCAGGAACUAGAUCUGGAAAAGAUUUCCGAAGUUCUAAAACUGACUCAGGAAUCUUUAAGCAAAUUUGUAUUGGAGAAUAAGCAUUUGCAUUUGAGAUUCCUAGAACACCAUUUCAUUGAUGAUUGCAUUAAGGAUAAUAAGAUCCAUCAUGUUAAGGAUUUUCUUAUUGACAUACCAAAAGAGAUCAAGAGAGAAAUAGAAAACGAGGAGGUCAAGGAACAUCAAACUCCAGCUAAAUCUGAGAAGGCUCAGGAAGAAUUAGAUCUGAUGAUUACACCGAAGACAUAGAAUAAAAAGAGAACUAAAUAACAAGCAACAAGCGCCAUUAAGGAUAAAGGCUCUUCAAUGAAGGAUGAGACAACUGAAUAAUAAUCUACUCACUAUGAUGAGCACGAAGCAGAGCUUGCAGCUGCAAUGGGAGAUGACUAUCUUAAAAGAAGGAGACUAGAUAAGUUCAUGGGUUCUGAGGAAAAGAAACUACAUGGUUCAAUUGAUUCAUCAGAAAUUAAAAGUCAACAUAUUCGGUCGACGAUUACUCCUGAGAAGAUUCAUUAUGAUUAGUGCAUAUAAACUGGAGCAAUUGAUUAGGAAUUGAAUAAUCCAGGAGCUGAUAUGCAAGAUUAAAAACCAAUUAAAGAAGGCAGCAUUGAGGGUGCUAAUGAGGUUUAGAUUUCAGAAUUUUCUAUAAUGAAUUAAGAGGAUAUCAACUAACUCGACAAGGUAGUCGACCAGAUAGCAAAGAAGGAAAUUCAAGCUAUUAACCAAGACAUCAAUGAGCCAAUCAUCAACCAUCUUUAGAAUAUAGUUGAUAACCUCUCAGUCCAGGAUAUGAGUAGGUCUAUAUACUAGGAUGCCAUUGAGUCAAUUAAAAACAUGAAUAAAGCUCUAAUUUCAACCUAAGAUCUUUUUCAAUUUCCAAGCAUUGAGGAAAGAGUGAGGGAUGAUAUUUAGAGAUUCAUGGAGGCGAGUAAGAAUAUGAUUUAGCAAUUUAAUCCUGAAUUCAAUAUGUUAGAGGAACUUGAAUAGAAAUAGAAUAUGCUGCAAAACUAAGACUAGUAAUAGAUUCAGAGUAAUGCUCUCCCACAAGCAGGCAUUAAAUCUAUCAGUGAAGACAAAGAUACCAUUUAGGAAUGA